AUGUCUAGAAAGAAAAUAAAGCUUGCUUACAUUACCAAUGAUUUAGCAAGGAAAACUACCUACAAGAAAAGAACCAAGGGUCUAGUGAAGAAGGUGCCUGAACUCACUACCCUUUGUGGGAUUGAAGCUUGUGCUAUUAUCUACGCUCCUGAUUUCGACUCUCAACUAGAGGUGGUUGUCCCACGCGAGUGUAUGACGCUUGCUGUGCCAAGUUCAAGAAGUUGCCCUGUUGAAACAAAACAAUUGAUGGUUAACCAAGAGAGUUUCCUUGAGCAAAGCUUAGCCAAAGCUACUCAACAUCUUAGGAAAUUGUGUAAGGAAAAUCGACAGAAGGAGUUGAAAACUACCAUGUUCCAAAGCCUGAAAGGAAAAUGGAUAUUACAUAGUUUGAAUUUGAUAGAUUUGAAAGAGCUGGGUCUGUUGGUUAAGCAAAACUUGAAGGAAAUUGACAAUAGGGUUCGUGUGCUUACUAAAGCGCGUUGUUCCUCAGGAUGUUAUUGACAGCGCUAUCUGGUUUUAGCGCCAUCUUUGUCUUGGGAUAUAUAAGAUUAUCAACUUCAAUCGAAA